AUGGCGGCAGGCGGCACUGCCCUGGAUUUAGCCUAUGGGAGCGCCAAAGGUCUGGAUCUGAGGCAUGCACAAGUUAUCGCAUUGUCGUCUGGAACGAAAUGUAUCAACGGAGAAUAUCUCAGUGACCGAGGGCUGGUGGUUAAUGACUGUCAUGCUGAAAUUGUCGUCAGGAGAGCUUUUAUCCACUACCUUUACAGUCAGCUAGAACUCCAUCUAAGUAAGCAAAGAACGGAUUGGGAGCGUUCUGUCUUCAUACGAUUAAAAGAAGGGGGCUACCGACUGAAAGAAAAUGUCAUGUUUCACUUGUACGUCAGCACCUCGCCCUGUGGAGACGCGCGCCUUAAUUCACCCUACGAGAUCACAGCUGAUUUGAACAGAUGCAAGCCUAUAGUGCGAAAAUUCCGAGGUCAUCUUCGUACAAAGAUUGAGUCCGGAGAAGGAACCAUUCCAGUCCGGUCAUGGGUACCGGUUCAAACAUGGGACGGUGUUUUAUCAGGCGAACAGCUUGUCACAAUGUCAUGCACGGACAAAAUGACCAGAUGGAACGUUCUCGGGUUACAAGGAGCUCUUCUCAGCCACUUCAUCGAACCUGUCUACUUGAACAGCAUUAUAGUGGGAAGCCUACACCACACUGGUCACCUUUCCAGGGUAAUGAGCCAAAGAAUAGAAGAUAUUGGUAGUUUGCCGUCUCCGUAUCGGCAUAAUCAUCCGCUGCUCAGUGGGGUUAGUAACGCUGAAGCCCGCAAGCCGGGGAAAUCUCCAAACUUUAGCGCGAACUGGAUUCUAGGCAGCCCGGAACUCGAGGUCGUUGACGCUACGACGGGAAAGAAGAGCAACGGUUCCUCCUCGAGGCUCUGCAAGUACAUGCUUUAUACGCGGUGGGCGAAGCUUUACGGAAAGCUUAGCGCAAGGAUCUCGGGUCAGGGGGCAAUGCCCGCCGGGUACUGUGAGGCGAAGCUAUUGGAUUCAUCGUAUCAGUCUGCCAAGCAGCAGCUUUUCAAAGCCAUCCAGAAAUCGGGCUUGGGCACAUGGGUGAAGAAGCCCCCAGAGCAGGACCAGUUUGCACUAACUCCGUAA